CUGGCCCUCGCGGCGGGCGGCGCAGGCGGCGCCCGAUGGCGGCCGCCAAGCGCGCGCGCACCCAGCCGCUCGCCGAGGACCUGCAGAAGGGCGUCAAGGUGCUGUUCCACGGCGACCGCCGGGGCAUCGUGCGGGACGCCUUUGCGCCUCUGGACCAGUUCUGGAUCGAGGACGCGGUCACGGGCGAGCUCGUGCGAGACGUCGACGGCAACAUCGUCCAGUUUAGAGCAUCGGAAUUGGCGCUAGAGCCGGAGCCGGUCAAGGUGGCAAAGAAGGAGGUCACCGCCUCCUGCGCCCGCGUGCUGCUGGUCGGCACCGAGCCGCAGAUGCUCCAGAUCAUGCACCAGUUCCCGACCCCCAGGAGGAGGCACGACCCUCAGCAGCUGCUCGCCUUCCCCUGCAGCGCCUGCUU